AUGGCGACGACAGUGAUGAAGACGGGCGAGAUGCCUGCGGCGGCUGCUGUUGUAGAUCCAGCCGACAAGAAACAGCCGGCACACUAUCGUGGCUUUGUUGCGGGCGUUUUCUCUGGUAUCGCGAAGCUGUCAGUUGGACAUCCAUUCGACACAGUCAAGGUACGGCUACAGACUACCGACCAGUCGCAUUUUCGCGGGCCACUUGACUGCUUGAUGCAGACUGUAAGGAAGGAGGGCUUCGCAGGGCUGUACAAGGGAGCGACACCGCCGCUGGUCGGAUGGAUGUUCAUGGACUCGAUUAUGCUCGGCUCCCUCAGCAUGUACCGCCGCGAAUUGAACGAUCGCUUCUUCAAUCCUCGUCAACAGGGCCGCGAGCAGGCUAGACUGCCGGUCGUCGGCCAUGCAAUGGCCGGCAUGAUGGCUGGGUGGACUGUCUCGUUCGUCGCGGCGCCCGUCGAGCAUAUAAAGGCCCGCCUGCAGAUACAGUACUCCGCCGACAAGAGCAAGCGACUCUACAGCGGACCAAUCGAUUGCCUGACGAAGAUCUUCCGCGGUCACGGUCUCCGCGGCCUGUACCACGGUCUCUCGGCGACAUUGCUCUUUCGCACAUUCUUCUGCUUUUGGUGGGGCUCAUACGAUGUGUUCACUAGGAUGCUGCAGAACAAUACCAAUCUCUCGACGCCGGCUGUCAAUUUCUGGGCUGGUGGACUAUCAGCACAGGUCUUCUGGAUCACGUCAUAUCCGAGCGACGUAGUAAAGCAGCGCAUCAUGACAGACCCGCUGGGCCCUGACAGGCGGUUCCCACGCUGGAGAGACGCGGCGAAAGCCGUGUAUAAAGAGAAUGGAUUCAAGGGAUACUGGAGGGGCUUUGUGCCGUGCUUCCUACGGGCGUUCCCUGCAAAUGCUGUCGCUCUAGUCGCGUUUGAGGGCAUCAUGAGAAGCCUGCCCGAAUGA